AUGAACAAGUUCUGUUCAUGCUACGAGAGAAUUGAGCGGAGGAAUGCUAGUGGAGCAACUAUCCAAGACAUGAUUAAUGCAACAUUGGAUACAUACAUUGGAGAAGACGACGAAAAUAAGCCGUUCACUCUUAUGCAUUGUUAUCACAAGCUGAAGGAUGAAGACAAGUGGAAGUCAUUGAGGAUUGAAAUGGCUCAUAAGAACAAAAAACAAAAGACUACCAAGGCAUCCACGCCGAGCAAUGUACAAUCGAGCAAGAAUGAUGAAGUGGAAGAGGUUGCAGCCCCAGGUUCCGAAGAACGAAAGAGGCCAAAGGGUCAGAAGCAGGUAAAACAAGCUAGGCGUGACGACGCCUCUCUUGCAGCUUUGGAAAAGAUGUGGGAGAAGAAGGAGGCACGUGAAUUGGAAAGAGACAAGGCAAGAGAGGCUUCACUUGAGAUCGAGAGGGCUGCACUUGAGGUAGAGAAGGCUGCACUUGAGCUUGAGAAGAAGCGACUGUCAAACGAAGAAAAAAAAUUUGAAGCCGAGCUCCUGAAGGAGGAGAAAGACAUCAUGUUAGCGGAUAAGAGCUCCCUUGACCAAGACCAGCUGCAGUGGUUAGAGAUUAUGAAGAAGAAGAUCCUUGCGCGGCAUAUGGGAAAUUAG